CAUCAAAGAAAAAAAAACCAGAGCGGAAAAUGGCUGUAGUGACAUUUCUUUUAGACAGUUCAGAACCGUGUACUCGUGUCAGUCAAAUAUUUAAUAUGCAAUAUGGCAGUGGCAGUUCUCUGUGAAUAUGGCGUUCUUGUUUUGGAGUAAUUACAAUACACAGCUAGAUGUCCUGCCAAGCGCUGCUGGUCCCUCGACAACAAACUAAGGUAUCUGAGAUGAAUCCAGUAGUCGCUCGACUCAAUAAUGUACAAUGAGCUACAGCCGAAACAUGCCAGACUGGCAGCAGUACAGUGCCCUGCAGUCUGGAGGAUCCGAUGCCGCCAAGUCUGGGCAGAAUGCGAGUGCCGGUCACCUGUACGUCCCGAACAUCAGUCCACCGUCCAUGAACGGGCUCAACCUCAGUACAGAUUGCCACAGUAAGUCACAGAAUGAUGUCAUUAAUUAUAGUCAAAGAAAUUACCAGCCGCAAAACAAUACACAGAGUGGAGCGACAAAUUUGCCCGAAAAUCCUCUGACCUCGAUGGUCCAUAUGUCGAGUUGCGCCGGCCAGUACGGGAAUUCAUCGACCAUGAAUUCUAUGAUGGACGACGGGAGCAAUUUGGACAGUCUUAGGAAUGGGUCGGUGGUCGCUCUGAACGAGGAAAUGGCGCACAGAAAUCAGAUCUCAUUAAACGGACCCGUCUCGCGUGUCAUGGGGCCAAAUAUGAAUGUAAAUAAUAAUAUGGGAACGACAGGACAACGAAUUCCGCCCGUCAAUUCCGUGCCUUCAAACCGACAAGCACCUUACAUGCCCGCCUGCAAAGGUCCUUGUUGCGUUUCCGAUCCCAAUGUAAAUUAUCAAGCCUGGGAGAAGUUCACCCCCUAUCAGGCGACUAAUCCUUAUAGAGAAAAUGUUCGCGCGUCUGGUUACGCGACGGCUGACAGUAGACGAUAUAGAAACGAGGCGGCGGUGGCGACGGCGACGACCACCUACAGAAAGGAGAGUUAUCCCAAUAAGGACUUGGUCCCACCAAACUCUUAUCAAGUUGACCAAAGAAGGAGUUACUCCGAUUACAAGUACUGCAAGGACCCACCUCCCGUUCCCAGAAACUAUCAAACCUCGACUGUCCUGCCGAGUUAUCCUCUUCCAAAUUACGGCGUUCCCGGGGACUAUCAAAAAUAUGCCUACACCAUGAAGGAUUAUCCGAGGCAGGGAGUUAUGAACUCUCAGAACUCGCCGAUUCUCAAGUAUCCGGAGCACAAUGUCAAUAUGCAGGAGAAGUAUUCCCCGAAGCAGAGUCAGUACCAAAGUGGAGCGUUAUUGCAGAAAGGUUUGGUGGUACCCAGCAUCAGUACAAACAUCUCCACGGUGCAGAAUCCUUACCUGAAUCCGCAGUUUUCUCGCGAGUACCAGUGGGAGAAUCCCGAGAAAGACCCGAACAAAAUUCAAAAUCCGGUGCCGAUGCACAGCACUUAUCCGAAGUAUCAGCUUUAUCAGCAGAAGUACGCGGUGCAGAGGUUUUCGAUGGAGAAUCAUCUGCGGGAACUCUCGAGAAUUCCUGGCUACCAGACACAUCCAAAGUAUCAGGAAUGCAUUCACAGGUACCGCGAAUUGUUGAGAUUGCAGCAGACAGUUGAUUACCAGAGUGCAAUUCAAAAUACCUUGACCACAGCCAACAGCUCAGUACCACCUAUCAAUCUGCAGUUUGAUCAGAACGGAGUUUUAAUUAAUCCGAACUACCUCCCCGGCAGUUUUCCCACCCACAAUCCAGCCAAUCCCACGAAUCCUGUGAAUAUUGAGAAAGAGCCGCAGCAAACGGCGGAGAAGCCGCACAAUUUACAACGGUUACAGAGUCUUCUUCGAUCUCAUGAAUCGUCGAUUCCAAAUAACGACAGAGAUGUACAGUACUUGGGACAGAAAACAAUAGAGAAUCCUCACUGUCAUCUGCGACGAGAAGAGGAACGUUUCGAAGCUUUAAAUCCCCGGGAAGAGGAUAAGGAGAAGAGUUUUGCCCAUAAACCCACGUUGGAUGUGCGACAGUUUUUAGCAAACUGGGACGAGGCUGAGGAGGAAGAAGGAGCCAACGCAAAUCUACCUGAUGUCGUUCUCAGCAAUUCGACCCCGAUUGUCGUCGUCGAGUACGGAAACCUUGGAUUGGACUCUCACGGGCCUGACAAUACAACUGAGCAAAAGGAGAACGAGCCUACCAUGAAGGCUCAAGAGUAUUAUCCGAAGGAUCACUCCAACACUCUUCUUCAAGAUUGUGCGAACGAUUUGAAUCAGGGGGUUGUUUAUGCGAAUAAGCUGAAUAUCAAGUGCGUCGGUGAAGGAAUCGACGGAGUGCCCACGAUUCAUAUUGUCGAGAAUCCCGAAGGAGAAUCCUGCGGAUCUUUUGCUUACAACGAGAAACAGGAAGUGGAAGUUAUUGGUGGAAGUUCGCUACCGUCUCUGACAGAAACGAAAGAGUGCGAGGUCAGCGAGAGUAAAGAAGCUUCUAGUGUAAACUACAAGAAACUGGCUCAGAGGAAUCCGGAUCCAAAGUUGCAAGUCAAUCCUCGGGAUAUGGCAGUUUUGCCGCUAGCGAAAAGUACCUCGGAGGCUGGGAGUGCAAAUUUAAAGAAGCAGAACAGCUACUCUGAGGAGAAUCACAAUCAGGAUGAUCUCAGUUUGCCAGAUUUGACAACGUCGGAAUGUACGCCAAUAUCAACGACCCUGAACACUCCGACUCAUUCGGACAGCGAAGAAUGUACCGAGCAAGGUGUUGAUCUCACAACGAGCACCAAUCCCAUCGAAUUAAUCCAAAAUAGCCCGAUGAUCAGCUUCACUCAAUCUCCCGUCAAAAUGGAUCCCUACGAACAUCUCAAGGGCGAGCAUCUAUCGGCAAAGUCGUCACAAGAUGGACUCGAUUUUGAUUUUCAAAAUACCUCUGUCAUCAAGUCGCCAAUCUCCGAUUCCAAGAAGGAGGAGAAACCCGAUUUGCGAAGUAAACCGGCUGAAAAUGACAUUUGGCCAUCUUGUGCACUCGAGGAUAAGAAGAAGAAUCCAAUUUCUGAUGCGCAAAGCAGUACAAAGUAUUCUCAAGUUCAUCCCAUAAGUCGAAUGAUUCCGGAGAAUUCGGCAAAUAAAGAUUCGAACGACUUUUCAUCAAAUAUGGAUGUGUUUUCGUCGGAGGAUCAGGACAAGUGGUGUUGGAACUCGAUUCCUCUGAUACCUGGGGAAGAGAAUGAAGAGCCGAAAAUACCAGCUCCGCCGAUGGAGGAAAAUUAUUUGACGAAAAUUAUGAAAGAUUCGGCGCCAAUCACUAGCUUGAAUGUCCUCGAGUCCGAUGAAGAAAAAACGAGUAAAGUCGAUGACAUGUGGAUGGAUGUUGGUUGCAUGGACAAAGGUUUGGACUUGAGUUCCGAUGCUAAAAAGACAUGCAGCAAUGAAAAAUUUUACAACGAAAUCGAGCAGAAGAUGCAAAAGAAAAAAGACUUUGCGGAAGUGUCAGCCUCGGUCUCGAAGAUUUUGAAAAAUAUCAAGGAGCGGCAAGAUUCCAUUCAGAAUUCGAUGCAAGAUUCUCAAAGUUUGCGACGAAAUUCCAAAGGAAUCAGCAUAAUUUCCGAAGAGAUAUUUAACACGACUUGGCAACAAAACAAGCAGAAUAAAAUAUAUCCACCUAGAAAAAUGUCGGACAGUUUUGAGAGAGAGGAACUUGCGACUUUUGCUGAAAAUUUCAAAAAAUCGAGAUCAAGAUCAAUGAACACACUGUGGAAACGUUCAAAAUCGGUCGAGAAUCUCAAGGACGAGAGUGAGGAAGAGCGUCUCUUUAAGGAAUUUAAAAAUCUCAAGAGAAAGCGAAGUGUCGAUCAGUUUAAGGAGGACAAUAAAUUGCCGAAAUUGUCGCCCGAAGAGGAGAAAAAACCGACGGACAUGCCAGCAAAGCAUGCUUUGCCUGUUCUGACUCCUGAGACACUUCAGAAUCCACCGAAGAUCAGCGACGUUAAUCAAGAAAAGCCAGCGACAGUUGAGCCUGCGAAACCGAAUUCAUCGGACUUGGAAAUCAAAUUCAGAAACUGCAGCGAUUCGAAUAAACCUUUCGAGGCCAUCAAAAUAGAGAUCAAUGUUUCGAGAAGUGAUGGCAAUUCUGUUGCCCAGAGUUCGACGCAAAAGUGCGGUGAAGCAGAUUCGAAACCGAAUCAUGAUGAUCCUUCAACUUGUGGUUCUUUGACUUGUUCCGGGCAGAACUUGAAGACUGAGACAAAUAUCCAGAGUAAAAAAUUCGAGGAUUCGGACAAAAUUGUUGAAAUGAAGGGAAAAAAAGAAGACGAGAGAAAAGAGAGUGUAAUAGAGUAUUUUGGAAAGAGUCAACAUUCAAAGGUCUCUCAGCAUUCUCAUGCAGCUUGUGACACCUGCAAAUCGUUGAAUUUCCACAAAAUUGAUCAAGAAUAUAUCUGCACCCAUCUAGAUAAUCGAAUAACAAAACCACACGAAAACCCCGAGAGUAUCGAGAAUUCGUCAGUUGCAGGGAGUUCAACAAUCGACUGCCUUUCCAACAGACUCAAGUCCAUCAACAAGACAAAACUGGUUGAAGAUUUCAGCAGAAAAUCCAAAUUGCAAGAACUCAAGCACUUUCGAAAAAUCAAAUACAAGGAUAAAGGAUGUUUUUCUGGAUUUGAGAACAAAAAUGUGAUGCCUGAUAAACCGGAAGUUAAGGAAAGUUCAGAAAUAUUUCCCUGCACUUCGGAAUACUCUGGAUCCAGAUUGGAAACCAAAGAUUUAUUAAAAGAAGAUGUGACUAAUACAGGCGACGAUACCAAGCACUUUGUGAUAAAGAAUUCUCUAAAUUGUGAUUCCAGUAGCUUUGAUGAAAUGCCGUACAAAGAUCCGGAAACCAAUCCAUUGAAAUCGAAUUUACUUGAAGGCGAAGAUUCGUCGAGUCCCAAGGGAUUUUUGAAUCCAAUAUUCAGCACUCUGGACGAGUCGGAGAAUUUGAAUACAGUUCCGGUCUAUACAACCAAAGACGGGAAAAUCACUUACAGUCCCAAUCCGAGAUUUACAUUGAGAACUCUGCUAAUGGAGGCGCAACAAAAGGACGGUCGUUCUCAGUAUGAAAAAUACACAAAUUAUAGUUCCUCUACCUCUUAUGAUAAACGGCCGACAAAAUCAGGCGAGAAGCGCCCUUACAGCAACAAAUACCACACAGAUUUGAAGCCACCGAAAAAGUCUUUGGCUAAACGGUUCGCUACUCAGGAAUUGGAGAAAAGUUACCAGAGGUAUCUUUCUCACAAGGAAAGUAGGCCAGCUGCACUCAGCAGUGAACCAAUGAUCAUUAAAACGAUCAAGAACUACAGCGCUUUCAGUGAAGGUUUAUCCGGAAACGAAGCCCAGGACGAGAGACAAGAUUCGAGGAGUGACUUUGAGGACAGUCGUUCGCAGCAUGAAAACGAAAAUGAGAAAAGUUGCUUUGAAGAUAAAAUUGAUGAAACUCCCGACGAUUUGAGCGAACCUGCCAAAAUUGUGGAGACUAGUACAAAGAAUAUUGAGAGAUGUGAGAUAAGUGAGAGUCAGAUUUUCACUGGAAUACGGAGUCCAAGUCCGGGUGAUGCGGAAGAUAAUCAGGUUGUACCUGUAGCUUCUGGUGAUAAGGAGCCGGUAAUAGAAACUCGCAAUUUCGAAAAAAGUGAUUCUACUAGUCCUAUUGUUGCGGAAGAUGCGACAUCUCGGGAUGCCGAAACUCUGGUCAUGGAUGUUGACAAGCCACAAGAUACAAUAUCUCAGGAGGCAGACACUCUUGUCAUGGACAUCGACAAUUUACAGGAUACAACAUCUCUUGAGGCAGAUCCUCUUGGCAUAGACUUUGACAAGCCACAAGUAACAACAUCUCCGGAGGCAGACCCUCUUGGUAUGGAUGUUGACAAGCCAGCAGAUAAAUCAUCCCGGGAGGAAGAAAAUUUUGUCAUGGACGUUGACAAGAAACAAGAUUACGAUACAGAUUUGAAUUUUCCUAAUCUUGAUUCAACAUCAGGAACCAAUCUUGAGAUGAAAGAUGAUAUUCAGGAUUCUAAUAUAGAUUCUGCAAAUUCUAAAUUGGAAUAUCUUAAAGAUAUUUGUAACUUUAAAUCAGAUGAGACGCCCGAGAGGCGCAAAUCCACCUCUGAUGUUGCAGUUCAAUCUGAAUCACAUUUACUUUCAGAGAGGAGAAAAAGCGAAAGUUUCGUUUCAAGUUCCACGGAAAUUAAUCCCGUAUUUUCUGAGAGUUUGGAAGUGUCGAAAAACAGAGAAGUUUUGGUUUCUAGUCAGAAAGAAUCUUUGGAAGAUGAGGAGACAGCGGAGAUUAAUCAACAUUCUGAUAUUGGAAAUUCUGAAGUUGUGUUCAGUUUUGAACGUGAAAUAAAUUCUGAAGUUGCAGUUAAUUCUGAAGCUGUGGUCAGUUCUGAAGUUGCAGACAAUUUUGAACAGGCAAUUAAUUCUGAAAUUGUAGAAAAUUCUGAGCGUGAAAUUAAUUCCGAAGUUGCAGUAAAUUCUGACCGGGAAAUCAAUUCUGAAGUUGCAGAAAGUUUGGAACGUGAAAUCAAUUCGGAAAUUGCAAACAUUUUUGAACGUGAAAUCAAUUCUGAAGUUGUAAAAAAUUCUGAACGUGAAAUUAAUUCUGAAGUUGCAGAAAAUGCUGAAGGUGAAAACAAUUCAGUAAAUUUUGAACGUGAAAUCAAUUCCGAAGUUGCAGACAAUUCUGAACGUGAAAUCCAUUCUGAAAGUGAAAUCAAUUCAGUAAAUUUUGAACGUGAAAUCAAUUCCGAAGUUGUAAAUAAUUCUGAACGUGAAAUCCAUUCUGAAAGUGAAAUCAAUUCAGUAAAUUUUGAACUUGAAAUCAAUUCCGAAAUUGCAGAAAAUUCUGAACGUGAAAUCCAUUCUGAAAGUGAAAUCAAUUCAGUAAAUUUUGAACGUGAAAUCAAUUCCGAAAUUGCAGAAAAUUCCGAACGUGAAAUAAAUUCUGAAGUACCAGAAAAUUUUGAAAAGAAAAUCAAUUCUGAAGUUUCAGAAAAUUCUGAACAUGAAAUAAAUUCUGAAGUUCCAGAAAAUUCUGAGCAUGAAAUCAAUUCUGAAGUUGCACUAAAUGUUGAACAUGAAAUAAAUUCUGAAGUUGCUGAAAAUUCUGAAUCUGCAGUCGGUUUUGAAGUUGCAGUAAGUCCUGUAAUGGAAUUAAAUCCUGAAUCUAUACAGAAUUCUGAAAUUGCCGUCAAUACUGAAGUUCUUGAAAGUGUUGAGAGAAUAGAAUCAGAAAGAUCAGAGAAAGUAGAACCAGUUUCAGUUGAUCCUGAGCCACAGUCAUGUUCAGAAAGUUAUUUUAACGAGAGCGAGAAGAAAAGAGAAGAAGAGAUCAUAGAUGUGGAUGUUGAAGAUGAGGUGGAAAUUGAUUUGCAAUUAAUUGAAAAAGACGAGGUUGACACAGACCUCGAUAAGAAGAUUUCUGCUGAAUUGAAAGAAGUUCUCCAGGAUUCGGAAAUCGAUGAGAAAGUUGAUGAAACUGAGAGUGAGUCUGUAAAAGAGUAUAGCCUUGAAGAAUUAAAAUUAGCGAAUAAACAAAUGGAGGAACUGAUAGCUGCAGAAUCCCUUUUAGAAUUGACGUCUGAGAUUACUAAUCUUCUUGCCAGACAAGAGAACGAAAUUUCAAUUCUGAAUACUGAGGAGACAUCUGUAGAACCAAUAAAUUCUGUAUCUGAAAACGUAGAGGAAGACGUUUUAGUAGCUACUGAGGAAAUUCAAAAAGAACCCGAAGAAAACACACAAGUUGAACCCUCUGUCGACGAAAUUCAAUCCAGUCAUUAUGAUGUUGAAUGUGAGGAUGAAAUUAUUUUGGAAAGAAUCGAAAAUGUGGAGGAUAAAUCUGUUGAAAAAGAGACGAAUCAUUUUGAGGAACAUAAUCAAGAAUCGAAUGAAGAAAGUACUCUGGAACAGAAUUCAGAAAGUCAAGAAUCAGAACUGAAAAACUAUGAGAGAGAAUAUUUAGAAACGAGAGGUUUGUGUCCUUCACCCUCAAUCGAAACACCUAAACCCCCCGAGGAUAAAACUGAAGAAGGUACGAGCGAAAUCAUAAUUCAAACUUCAAAUUGCUCUACAGAGAUUAACAAUGAAAUUGAUCAAUCGAUUCAGAAAGAAACUUUGCCUCUAAUAGCCGUAGGAGAUAAGGAUUCUGAAUUAGUUUAUGUUGAUGACGAGUCGAGCUGUGAAGUUGAUCCUCCUACUUUGGAACUUCAGAAAGAACUCAGCGAUUCCGAAAUGUUAAAUUCACCAAAAAGUUCGGACAGUAAUCAGUUUGAUCAAAUGCCCGACAUGACGUUGGAAGAAAACAUUAGAAGAGAGUCUCAUCUGAAAAGUUCCACAGUUGAUAAAACAGUUCCUAAACUAGUUAUUCGAAAAAUUGAGUCGAAUAGAACCUCACCGACAAAUUCCAAGUCAGGUUCCGAUGUGAGUGAAGAACCCUCAUUUUACCGAAAAGUACCAAAGAUGAUAAUUCGAAACGCCAAAUCUCGACCAGCGACGCCCACGAUAGAAGAAAUUCCGGAUGAGUUGCCUGAGUCGAAUGAAGAGGCGAACGUCAUCAAAGUGAAGAUAAAACUCGAUGAUAUCAAUAAAAAUGAGCCCUUCAUGUUCGCGAAUGAGGAAAGCAGGAUUCCCAAAAUGAAGAUAAAGCUCGAAGAUAAACUGCCGAAAGUUGUCAUCGAGAAUCUGGAUUUACGUAAUGUCCAGGAUUCGCAGAAACCUGUUCCGAAAGUUAAGAAAAAGAAGCUCAAGAAUUCGCAUUCCAUUGACGAUGAUUCAAAAACUAGUGAACAAGGGACCGAUUCCAAGAGAUCGUGUUCAAAGACGGAUUCAGACACAAGCCGCUCUUUAUCUGAAUCCGAUGAGGCGAAUUUGAAUUCCGAACUGAAGGAAAUUGUCAGCGAUUCGUCAAGUCUUGAGACUGAAGAAUCUAGAAACAAGGUUCCUAAGUUGAAAAUAAAAAAAGACUUGAAAAUCGCCUCUUCGACUACUAGGAAACGGCACAGCUCUGAGAUUCAGCAGACUGAAAACAAAAAGGUGAAAAGAUCGUCGAAGGAAGAAGUGAAAGAUCGAAGGGUGGAUCCAAAUAUGGAGAAUUCGAUGUCUUCAUCGGAUGGUCAAAGUAUUUUGGAAAAAGUUCCCAAAGUUAUCAUCAAGCGAACCUCGCCGACUGCUGAAUUCAAGUGCGAAGUUAGCAAAGAUAAGAAGAAUGCUUUAUUGCAAGACUCAAGUUUGCAACCGCAAGUGGUUCUCCAACGCUCUUGGAUUCUCGACUGCAUGGCGAAAGAGUUGAGACAUGUCAAUAUUGCCUUGAAAUUGGCGAUUGCAAAAAAUGGGAGCAAAGCCUCGGUCCGCGGUAAAUCCGACUCAAGUAAAAUUCAAUGGGAGCAGUUUAUUCGGAGUUUGAAAAAGCAGAAGGAGUUGGCGAAGGCUGAAAGUGGUUCGGAAAUUUUCACGAAUAAAAUCAAACAACGACGAAAAUCCGACUGUGGGACGCGUUAUUUAGAGACGGGUUCGAGAUUCUACAAAAGCAAGGUCUGCAAAUCAGCGAGAGAGUCUACAAAUGCUGAAGCGAAUUAUCUCGAGAAUCGAUCUUUAUACUUCAAGGACAUGUUCUCUGAGAAAAUUCAAUCCAAUUCAGAUGCCUUCAAUUCAUGGAAGAAAUUCGAUGAAAAUAUGAAUUCAGAGAGUAAGGAUGUGUUCCAGGAUGCGGAGAAAUUAAAUUUUCCGAAUAAUUUUAGCGAUCAGGGUGAAGAAUCCGAAGUAAAGUUGAGCGAAGAGGUCGAGACUAAGUGUACUUUAUUAGGAGAGGAAGUCGUCGAUAGUAAAGAAACUUUAGCUCCAGAUAUUUCUAGCUUCGAGAGUUUUGACGAGAACGAGGCAAAUGUGAUAAAAAUGGAAGAAGAGACUCAAGUUGAGGAAGUGAGGCCCGAGUUUUCGACCUCGUUGAUAGCGAAUGGAGAACACGAGUAUCUCUAUUCCGAGGACGCGAUUCCAACCCAGUUUGAAUUCGAACUCGAAAUUGUAGAGAGCAGUGUGGAUACGUAUGACGUACCAAUGGCUGAUAUUAAAGAACCUCCUGAAUCGAAUGACGCUGUAGAAUUUAAAAUUUCCGAAGUACCUGAUGAUCGGAUUGAGGAAAGUAGGAUCGAGGAAUCAAAUGACUCUGACCGGCUUCCGAGGCUUCUUCUGCCAGAUGAAGAUUCUUCUUUGCUGAACGCGGUUCAAGAUUCCUCUUGUGAUAUCAAGGACGAAAUCCCUGUUCUGAAUAACUUGCUGGACCCAACUGAGACAGAUCAGACUUCCGAUCAGUUGGCUUCAAGUCCAGACAAGUUUUCGGAUUCGAUCUCACUCGUCCAGGAAGUCAUGGCUGCCAAGGAGACCUUGAGGAAGUAUCUGCCGAAAUAUGAAAAGGAUAGCAGCUCGAAAUCGAAAUCUAGAACUCUUGGCGAAAAGAGAGAGGGCGAGAGGAAAGAGGGUGAUUCUGAUAGAAGUUCUUCAACGAAGGAGAGUUCGGAAUGUUCCAGUUCAAGAAGUCACACUAGGUAUGAGAAGAAGCGGCCGAAAGAGAGCAGCAGGUCAAGAGAGAAACACAAGAGUAGAAAAGCUCCGAGGAUAGAUGAGGAGUCUUGUAAAUAUGAUGAGAAAACGAUAUCGUUGCGGGAUCAGAAACGUUCUAGUCUUCAUUCUACUCAGUCGGAAGAGUCAAAUAAAAGCAAGGAUAGCGGCAGCAGUAGAUCUAAAACAGAAUCAAGCUCGAAGCGCUCGGGUGGCAAGUCUGAGUCCAGGAGUGGGAAAAGCAGGGAGUCGUCAAAGGAUGGUGAUAGAAGUAAAACAAAGUCUCAGAAAGUUCCAAAGAUAUCCAAGUCUAAGGAACCGAAUGGAGAAAGUGCGACUGAGCCGAAAGCGAAGGAAGAUAUGCCGAUUUUGGAACCGGAAGAUGGAGUGCGUCUGGAUCCGAGUUCGGAUCGAGAUGCUACACUUUCACCACCUCUUAUCACAAAUCAAGAGGACGUCACUACUUUUGAGCAAGUUCCGAAAAUUGUUGAUGGGACAGUUGCAAAAGAGGCGGAGAGAGUUCCUAGUAAGAUGGUGAAGACUGUGCAGGUCGAUCCUGGAGUGACUCUCGCCGAUGCUGUUCAAAAAUGGGUCUUUCAUGAAAAGGCGACGAUUAAACACAGAAGGUAUUGCGUGUUGUGCGAAAGGUGGUUCCCAUCAGUGAUAAGGCAUCGAAGGCAUUUAUCAGGUUACCAACAUCGGCACACCGAACUUACACAAAGGAGAUCUAUUCAUACACUUUUCAUGCUUUUCACGGGGAAACCUUGCCCAAGACUGUUGCCUGCUGAUAUUUUAAGGUCUGACUGCUCAUUAGGGGAAGCUACACCUCUGCAAGUCGCUGUCCAAAACGUUGCACUAGGCUACGAGAAAGCUCACGAGAUGUCGAAGACGAAAACUGAAGAGAAUAAACCAUGAAAGACAUAGAGACGAUGCUGCAACCUCAUCGAUUCUUUUCGAGUGAGGUAUGAUUGCAAUUCUUUUUUUUUACAUGUCAGCUCUACUGGAUGCAAAUGACUACUAGACGAUUUCGUUACCGUGUAAGAUUAACUAUAAGUCACAUAAUAGGUUUUUAGCCAAAGACAUCAAAAGAAGGUACAUACUAGAUAAUUUAGUCUGUGUUUAAGAAGACAGAAACUUCUUCAAUUUGUACAAACAAACAAAAAAAGAAAUGAUGUUAAAGAGUGAUUUAAUGCCUCACCAAGAAUCCUUAUUUACAUCAUAAGAAGAAUCUUAUAUAUGUAUAUAUAGUAAAUAUUCAUAUAUAAAUAUAUUUAUUAUAUUCCAAUUUCCGAGGAGUGAUACAUUCACGUUACGCUUUCACAUUGUGUAUACGAAAGAACAGGGCCGGCCGAGAUUGUGUGGAACUUCAACCCCGGGAUUUUUAAAUUCUCGCCUCCCCCCACCUGCCCACCUCUCAACCAACCCCAAACACAAAAAAAACUCCACAUCUGGGAAGAAAGUUGUUCCGCCGGCCCUAUGAAAGAAUAUAUUACGCUCGAAAAAAAAUAUAUAGGCGUAAAGAAAAUUGUACAACAUAUCUGUUCCACGGAAAAAGAAAGACAAGAAUGGUAGAGAAAGUGAAAAUAAUUCACCAGUACAUUCCAACAGGAUGUAGUAUUUAAAAUUGGUCGAGUUCGAUAUUUAAUAUUCGAUGUUUGUUUUGUUUUUUUCCCUCUCUUUUUGAAAAUAAUAAUUGGCGUGGUUUUGCAUUGAUGAAAAAGUCGCACAUGUCUCUGGCUGUAACAAAGGGUACAAUCUUGUCCAUCACUAACAAACCAUACUAACUAUAACGAGUAAGUAAAUAAAUAAAUAAAUAAUAAAGAAAAUUGUUCCUAUGGUUCUUGUGAUAUUUGCGUGUGCGUACUUUGGCCACUUUUCACUUUCUCUCGAUGUUCACUCUUGACAAAUGGACCAAUGAAUGUGAACAUAAUAAUUGCUUCCGACUGUCCGAGCAUAGGUUGAGAUUAAAACGUAUCUUAACGUGCUAUAUUUCCUUCUUUUAGUCAAAAUAUUUCGUGGAUAAUGUGCAACAAUC